CCACAGCGAGCCAGGCGGCGGGGACGUAAACCGAAACCGCUGAGCUGAAGCCCGUACGUGUUCGUGUGUGUCUGUGUGUGCGUGAAUGCGCCGCACAAAGAUGAUAAAUUAGUAAACUAGAGCUCCAGUAACCGGACGCUGCGGCUGAUCGGGGCUCAGCAGAGGACACCGGCGCGUGUGGAGGUUAUGUUUUGAGAAGAAGGCCAGCUUUAAUAGGCUGCUGCGUCACCGGAGCGGCUCUGUGCGCACUGGAAACCCGGCACUCAAUUGGUGGAAGCAGGAGGGGAGCCCCGGCCUUUUCCACUGCAGGAGGAGCAGAGUUAAAGAGAAGGAGAGAAAGAGAAAGACGCCGCUGCCAAGACAGCAGCAGGAGCAGCAGCAGCAGCCUGCGCAGUUUAGAAAUCGGCACAGCCUCCUCUGCUGCACGCCAUGAGGGACUUCACCCAAACUGCGCACUGACUCUGCAGGAUGCACCGCUGCAGCUGCGUAGUUUGUUAGCGAGAUCCGGACGCGUGCAGGAAUCUGACAGGAGGAAUCAGGCCGUUGAGCCCAGCUGCGACAUCGGAGAGUUUCUCAUUCCUCCCACCCGGAGAGCGCCGUGGCCUCGGAGCGGACAUGGGAAAUGUAAACAGUAGUAGGGCUGGAUUUUAAACUGCGCACACGUCCCCACGUCCUCCUCCUCCUCCUCCCGGGGCGUCCGAGAUGGAGAUGGAGACGGAGAGGGUCGAGCCGGAGCCGGAGGGAGAGCCGCCCAUGAACAGCGUCCACGGAACCAACCGGAUCAGACCGUCCUCGUACCGGGCCCUGCGCAGCGCCGUGUCCAGCCUGGCCCGUCUAGACGACUUCAGCCGCGAGAAGAUCGGCGCGGGCUUCUUCUCCGAGGUGUUCAAGGUGCAGCAUCGUGUGUCGGGUCAGGUGAUGGCUCUGAAGAUGAACAUCCUGGCCAGUAACAGAGCCAACAUGCUCAGGGAGGUCCAGCUCAUGAACCGACUAUCACACCCCAACAUACUCAGGUUUAUAGGAGUGUGUGUCCACGAGGGACAGCUCCACGCCCUCACAGAGUACAUCAACGGCGGGAACUUGGAGCAGCUGUUGGGCAGCGACGUGUACCUGUCGUGGAGCGUGCGGAUCACCCUGGCCCUGGACAUCGCCCGUGGACUCAAGUACCUGCACAGCAAGGGCAUCUUCCACAGAGACCUCACCUCCAAGAACUGCCUGGUGCGCUGGGACGGCCGCGUGUGCUCGGCGGUGGUGGGAGACUUUGGCCUGGCGGAGAAAAUCCCAGAUUAUAGUGAGGAUGAGGACCAGGAUCCGCUGGCUGUCGUCGGCUCCCCCUACUGGAUGGCCCCGGAGGUGCUCAGAGGAGAGGUGUAUAAUGAGAAGGUGGAUGUGUUUGCAUUUGGGAUCAUCCUGUGUGAGAUUAUUGCGAGGGUACAGGCCGAUCCCGACAUGCUGCCACGCAAAAAGGACUUUGGUCUGGAUGUGGAGAACUUUCAGCAGAUGGUGGGUGACUGUCCGCCUGACUUCCUGGAGCUGGCCAUCGCCUGCUGUAAUAUGAAUUCAAAGCUCCGUCCAUCUUUCUCCCAAAUCGUCGUGGAGCUGGAGAGGAGGCAGGCUGAGAGGAAACAGAAGGAUGAACCAACAGUCAAAGCGGUUUCUCCAGCAAUCGGGCCUCUGCGAAGGCGAUCCCUCUGCCUCCCGUCAGAUCCUCGCCUCUCCCGCAGCAAAUCCGACAUGCUCCACCCUCCUGACACGCCUCCUUCUGUCAACAUGGCGGUCCCCGCUUGGGUCAACCCCUUCUCUCAGAGGGAGGACCUCAAGGGCGGCAAGAUCAAGCUGUUCGACACUCCCAGUAAGUCUGUCAUCUCUCUCACCUUCACCCUGCCGCCUCCGCCAGACUGCGACGACCUCUCUGCGUCCGAGACUGACAGCGGCGAGCUACCGCGGAGGCACAGGCGCUGCCACUCUCUGCCGUGCACGCCUCCGCCGCACCUCACGUCAGCGCCGAACACUGUCCUGACUGAGGAGGAGUCCACGUGUGAGGUAAACGGCGAGAUAAACGGAGUGAGUGAAGAAGAGAGACUGCUGGGAGAAGAAGAGGAGACGAGGGAGGAGAGUGAUUCAGGUCUGCCUCUGUCGCUCGACCUGCAGGAAAAGGAGGACGAAGAGGACGAGCCAAUGGACUGCGCCAGCUCCCCGGACACACAAGACAGCACCUCAUCUCCGUACUCCAAACUCUCCCUUCCUCCAUCGCACUCCUCUACUCCCCUCCAACCCUCCACGCCAACUUUCUCAAACGGUUGGGGGUCGGCCAUCUCCAACGGGCCCCCGUGCCUGGCUCCCCUCUCUCAUUUGGAUAACAACAAUGUGGUCGUGAGUCGACCUUUGGGAUGGAGCACCACCACCACCAGCACUCCCACCACGGCCAACAACAACGGCUACCACUCCCCUCCCAGCGACCCCGCCGGCUCGUCCCCGUUCGGCUCCGGCAGCGGACACUCCCUGGACCAGGAGGAGGUGAUCUCCUGUCCCGGCUGCUGCCUGGCCGGCUUUCGUUUCCCGUCGCUCUGUCUCAGAGCUCCGCCGCGCAGGAACCCCUACAAGAACUUGAACGGGGACCACGCAGCCUCACGUGGGCUGCUUUGCCCAGGACCCAAGGGCCUGCCGCCGUCUCCGACACCCACCGCCACCACCACCAGCCUGGAGCCGGCACUCGCCUUGCCGGGGGCGCAGACAUAAAAAACACAAAAAAAAAAAUUUAGAAACUGCACCAAAAGCUCUUCCCUGGAAACUAAGUGGGUCUUCUCAGAAUUUGCACAGAUUUUAACGCAGCAAUAUCCUGCUUAUUUUCCACACACACUUUCUGGUGCGGAACAAUUUACACUCCAUGGUUGGCUCUCUCUCGUAACUGGAUGGUUCAGAUUUUUUAAAGUGCGGUUUUAUGGGUAAUUUAUCCGUAGACGGUACGUUACAUACAGUGGAUGUCAAUCAAGAUGCCCUAGAGAAACAAACCGGAGUACAAGAUGGAAGCUGCUGUUAAUGGCGGUCAGCAACAAAGCAUAUUUUAGCCACCUAAAAGAAGUCCCACAUUAAAAAAAAAAAUCUUUGAGAGUAUUUUUAAACACUUUACUUUUAUGUAACAGUGAUUUCCAAUGAGAAAAUUAAGCUGUGUUGCUGUCUUAAAAGCCAGACUCCAUAGAGGAAAAUCAGUGAUUUAACUGAGGAUCAGCUGGUUUAUUGCUGCGUUAAAAAGUAAUUUGUGUCAUUGUGUGACUUUGGCAUUUAAAACGUUUCGUUCAGAAGCAUUAAGUCACACAAUAACACAAACUUAACUACCUAAUCGAAACGAUGGCAAUAGAGCAGCAGCUCAGUUUUUGUCGGUGGAGUCUGUAUAGCAUAGAGACUCCUACUAUAUAGCAUGCAGUUAGGCUGAUAAUGUUUCUUUUAGGUGGCGAAAAUACUAGGACUGCCCUUUGAAAGUCGGAGAUUCAAAUCUUCAGAGAAUCUCCGUCAACCGAGAUUGCUUCAAGUUGAGAAGUUUUUUUUUGCGCUAGUCAGCAUGCUGUUAAAAAUGCAAAAUCUGGGGACCAAA